ACUCAAAACAAAAACAAGGGGUUUGCUCGGGCCUCCGCUGGGGCGCUGAGGCUGCGGCGGCGGCGGGGCUGUGAGGGGCAGGCCUCGAGGGGCCGGCGCGCGCCCCUGCGGACGGCGGCGCGGGGAGCGGGAUGGAGCCGGGGCUGUGAGGCCGAAGCGGCGGUGGCAGGGAGGAAGGGUCGGAUGCGGGUCCGGGGGCAGCGCUGAGGCGGCGGGUCCCCGACCUCGGAGACCGGCUCGGAAGUCCCCGCCGCGCCCAGUCCCUGCGGACCGCGAGGCCGCGGGCCGCUGGAGGCGCGUCUGCGGCACGAUGAAGGAUUUGGGGGCAGAGCUCUUGGCAGAUCGUGAAGGGGUCCAGCUCCUUGGAUUGUUGACCCUCUACCUGGAGCAAGAACAGAGAUUCCAACCUCGAGAAAAAGGGUUGAGCUUGAUCGAGGCUACCCCGGAGAAUGACAACACUUUGUGUCCAAGAUUGAGAAAUGCCAAAGUAGAAGAUUUAAGGAGUUUAACUAACUUUUUUGGAUCUUGCACUGAAACUUUUGUCUUGGCUGUCAAUAUUUUGGACAGAUUCUUGGCUCUUAUGAAGGUGAAACCUAAACAUUUGUCUUGCAUUGGAGUCUGUUGUUUUUUGCUGGCUGCUAGAAUAGUUGAAGAAGAAUGCAAUAUUCCAUCCACUCAUGAUGUAAUCCGGAUUAGUCAAUGUAAAUGUACUGCUUCUGACAUAAAACGGAUGGAAAAAAUAAUUUCAGAAAAAUUGCACUAUGAAUUGGAAGCUACUACUGCCUUAAACUUUUUGCACUUAUACCAUACUAUUGUACUUUGUCAUACUUCAGAAAGGAAAGAAAUACUGAACCUUGAUAAACUAGAAGCUCAGCUGAAAGCUUGCAACUGCCGACUUGUCUUUUCAAAAGCAAAACCAUCUGUAUUAGCUUUGUGCCUUCUCAAUUUGGAAGUAGAAACUUUGAAAUCCGUUGAAUUGUUGGAGAUUCUCUUGCUAGUUAAAAAACAUUCCAAGAUUAAUGACACCGAGUUCUUUUACUGGAGGGAGUUAGUUUCUAAAUGUCUCGCCGAAUAUUCUUCUCCUGAAUGUUGCAAACCAGAUCUUAAGAAGUUGGUUUGGAUUGUUUCAAGGCGCACAGCCCAGAACCUCCAUAACAGCUACUAUAGUGUUCCUGAGCUGCCAACAAUACCUGAGGGGGGUUGUUUUGAUGGAAGUGAAAGUGAAGACUCGUGUGAAGAUAUGAGCUGUGGGGAGGAGAGUUUCAGCAGCUCUCCUCCCGGUGAUCGAGAGUGUACCUUCUUUUUCAACUUCAAAGUGGCACAGACACUGCGCUUCCCAUCUUAGAAAUCUGGUCGUUCUGUGUUAGAAUUUACAUGUACAAGUUUCAAAGCAAUAAAUGGGGGAGUAGGUAGUUUUCUGGUUCAGCCCCCAUCUAGGCAGGAAUCACAUAGACUGGAAUACCUGCCUUCUAUUUAUUAUUCAGAUCAGAUCUGGCCUAUUUUCAUAUUUAUCCUAAGCCAUCAAAUGGGUUAGUGCCUCUUAAAUAUAACAGUAAUUUAGACAUUGGCACUUUAUUUUUCUCUUGGAUCUUUAGGUACUUGGGGUAGGAGGGAAGGUGCUUAUACCUUCAGUUUAUUACUUUUCAUAAAAAUUUUUAAGGAUAAAUAGUGUAGCUUGAACAUUUAUAAAGCCUUCAGGUGUCUUUAUUGAAGCAGAUCGGAAGUGUGCAAGUGCUUCCUUAGCAGGGACAAUGGAUAACCCUGUAGUGGUUUAUCUCAGAUUUCCCCUCCUUCCUUUCUCAGAACAGAGAAUAUACUCUUAAAUGUCAAACACCAUUUUUGGUUUUGUUUUUUUAAAUGAUCAGUGUGUAUCUGAUGCAGUUCCUAUAAAUUUAGUAAUUAUAUUGACAUUUCUGUGAAUUUUGGUAUGUAAUGUCUUCAUUAAAGUUUCUGCUAAAGCAGAAAUAAUCGACAGGCUAAGGCUGUUAGUUGCAUUCCUAAUGCCUAGUAUCGUCAGACUAUAGUAUUAUUUUAAUGGUAUUUAAAAAAUUCGUAAUCUGCUAGUUUUGCAUGUGUCUGUAUGAAAGCAGUGCAGGAGGUUGAACACAACUAGGUAACUGUGGGAUUGGUAAGUGUUGAUCUAGUAGUACUUUUUAUCUCAUUUUCUUAUAUUAAAAAAUGUCUGCAUGAUUGCAUUUUAUUUCCUUUGU